AUGUCAGCUAAAAUCUCCUUUCUCAACCUUUCGAUAUUCAAUGGCGAAAGGCUCUCAGCCAGAAAGCUUCCCGUGGUCGUUGACUUCCAUGGCGGGGGCUUCGUACUUGGAUCUUGUCACGAACAGACCCCGUUUUGCGCCAAGCUCGCAAGAGAGCUCAGUUGCAUUGUUGUGGCCGUAGACUACUGUAUGGGACCAGCGAGCCAGCAUCCUGCAGCGUUAGAAGAUGCUGGGGAUGUUUUGAGCGCGGUCCUAGAUGCAAGGGCGCCCGGCUACACCGAGCUACGGAAAUCAGUUGCCAAAAAGAUCGAAGGGGAUAAACAACUUCGGCUGAAGCGUGAUAUCGACCUCGAUAAAUUUCGUAUCGCCAUCUCAGGCUUCAGCAGUGGCGGUAACAUAGCACUAAAUCUCCUUCUUUCGAUAUCACCACCACAGUUGAAGUCGGACUGGCCAAGUCGGUUCCCUUCAGACUUCCCCCACCCCAUACCGCUACUCCUCUUCUACCCUUCGUUCGAUUGCCGUCAGCUCCCAUCUGAGCGGACACGACCAGCUGGGCUCCCCGUUUUUAAAGGCCUCGGGGCCGACGUAAAUGACAUGCUCAUGCCAACAUACCUGCCACGAGACCAAGCAGGUCAUCCGCGUGCAUCGCCUGGUCUAGCAGAUUUAAAGGGAUUGUUGCACGACCAAGCAAGGAUGCUGCUCGUAUUACCGGAGCUUGAUUCACUGUCAGAACAUGGCGAAAUAUGGGUCAAGAAGGUGGCGGAAGCGGGAAGAGGCGAUGAGUUGAUCGUGGAGAGAUUCAAAGGCAUGAAACAUGGAUGGAUUCAGGUGCCAGAGAGUUGGCUGUCUGGGGAGGAAAAAAGGACGAGAGUGGAGAUCUUUGAUUCGGUGCUCGCAUUCACAAUGACUGCGUGGUGGAAAUAA